CUGUCACUCCUCUCCCUCCAUCGAUUCUUGUUGAGCAGCUGUUGUUUCUGCUCCGCGAACUCGCGAUUCUCUCGACUCGAUCGCACGCGAGAUUUUCCCAGGAAAAGAGGAGCGGGCUUUGUUUCCUGGGGAAAAAAGGAAGACGAACAGAUUCCACAAGAGCCGCGACCUACCCUGAUCGACCCUCGAAUGCGAAUUCGCGCUGGCUUUUUGGAUGUCGACCGACGGAGCAUGCGCGCCCAUCAGGGAAUUGUGCGGUCGAGCGUUGGACCGAUGCUCCCGCUGCUUCCCCUGCCUCGCCGAUCCCGCUCAGAGAUCUUCAUUGGCGUUGAAGGUGUCUUUAGUGGCGCUGCAUCUUGUAUACGCGGGCUUUCUAUUUUUGUUUGACGAAGACUUGAUCGAGAAGACAAGAAGGGAACCGUGGUACAUUGCCUUGUAUUUGCUGCUUUUUGUUGCUGCAUUAAUCCAAUACUUCGUCACAGCUGGGUCUUCUCCAGGAUAUGUCCUUGAUGCAAUGAAAACUUUCAAUGAAGCAAACUCACUGUUUAAGACGAAUCCAACAGCUUCAAAACAUCCUGCUUCGAGCAAAAAUGGUAGCUUGAUUGGGACUGUGGAUAAUAGUCAGUCUGGAAGGAACUCUGUUGGAAGUAGUUCUUGGGCAAAGAUGGUGAUGGAAUUUUAUCCCCCCGGAACUUCCUUGAGAACUUUGACAUGCUCGUACUGUAAUAUUGAGCAGCCUCCAAGAGCAAAGCAUUGUCAUGAUUGUGAUAAAUGUGUUCUUCAAUUUGAUCACCACUGUGUAUGGCUUGGAACAUGCGUUGGCCAGGGUAAUCACUGUCGAUUUUGGUGGUAUAUAUUUGAAGAGACUGCACUGUGCUUGUGGACUGGCAUCUUGUACAUUACAUACCUGAAGACUAGCAUAUCUGGGGCUUGGUGGAAGGAUCUGAUAAUGAUACUACUAUUGAUAUCUCUGGUGAUUUUAUUCAUCUUUCUUCUCCUACUACUGCUUUUUCAUAGCUACCUCGUGCUGACGAAUCAGACCACAUAUGAACUUGUCAGACGUAGACGCAUCCCAUACCUCAGAGGAAUUCCUGAAGGACUGUUUCCUUUUAGUAAAGGUGUAUGCAGAAACUUGUACAGAUUCUGUUGUGCUCAAAGCAGCAUUUACAAUAUGGAAACACUGCCCACGGCUCUCGAACUUGAAGAGAAGUUGAGACCAUACAGUUGCUUGGAUGUUCUAAUGUGCCGUUGCUGCUAAGGUUUCGACGUAUUUACAAUACAGCUCAGCCAUUUUUCUCUGUGCAUAUUGUACAGUUCAGAUGCUGGCAUGCACAUUGUCAAAUUGCUUAUAAGAGCUUGUUUGUUGAUCUUUUGAUGGUACAUAGAAAAUGCUUUG